AUGGCAAGCAACAAGAUCUGGCUUCGUGCUGAAACCAAGCCCGCUGAAGCGCGGUCAGCUUUAACCCCUACCACCUGCAAGAAGCUCAUCGAUGCCGGCUAUGAGGUGACUGUUGAGCGCUCGACUCAACGCAUAUUCGAAGAUGACGAGUUUGCUGCUGUUGGUGCGCCGCUCGUAGAGGAAGGCUCUUGGGUGAAGGAUGCGCCGAAGGAUGCCUACAUCUUGGGUCUGAAGGAAUUGCCCGAGGACGACUUCCCCCUGGAGCACGUCCACAUCUCCUUCGCACACUGCUACAAACAACAAGGCGGCUGGGAGAAGGUUCUUAGCCGGUGGCCCCGUGGAGGUGGCACUCUCUUGGACUUGGAGUUUCUCACUGACGAUGUUGGCCGGAGAGUGGCUGCCUUCGGUUGGUCCGCUGGUUACGCCGGUUCCGCAUUGGCUGUUAAGAAUUGGGCAUGGCAAUUGACCCACCCCGGUCAGGAGCUUCCUGGUGAGGUGCCUUAUGCAAACCAGGAUGUUCUGAUUGAGUCUGUGAAGGAAUCGCUUGAGGCUGGCAAGAAGCAGUCUGGCAAGUCGCCCAAGGUCCUGGUCAUCGGAGCUCUUGGACGCUGCGGAAGUGGUGCCGUGCAGUUGGCCAAGGAUGUUGGUAUCCCGGACUCGGAUAUCUUCCGCUGGGAUAUCGAAGAGACUAAGAAGGGCGGUCCCUUCAAGGAGAUCAUUGAGGAUGCUGACAUCUUCAUAAACUGCAUCUACCUCUCCGCAAAAAUCCCUCCUUUCGUUAGCCCUGAGAGCCUUUCGACCCCCAACCGUCGCCUUUCCGUCAUUUGCGACGUGAGCGCUGACACUACAAACCCUAACAACCCCGUUCCCGUUUACGACAUCACGACUACCUUCGACAAGCCCACUGUGCCCGUCACUCUGCCUGCUGGAACCCAGGGCCCCCCUCUUAGCGUGAUCAGCAUUGACCACCUCCCCUCGCUCCUUCCCCGUGAGAGCUCUGAGAUGUUCAGCGAGGCUCUUAUGCCCAGCUUGCUGCAGCUCAAGGACCGGACAAAUGCUCGCGUCUGGAAGCAGGCCGAGGAUCUGUUCAACGAGAAGGUUGCUACUCUGCCCGAGUCGCUGCGGGCAUAA